AAGCAUCAGUAACAUUGUGGGCCAGUCGACAUCGGCAGCCACACCACCAGCAGCCAACCAGCCACCAGCGACUGCUCUUACAUUUUCCGCACUCAGGCACAGACAGGGGAGUAGCAACAACACACAGGCCUUAGGAGCGGACAUUUCCUCAUCACAGAGUCCACGUGGAGGACCCUCAUCCAGGACAGCACCCACCACAAACACAGCAGACAGAGCCAUGGUGGAGUACUACCAGAUAUUAGGAGUCCAGAAAAAUGCAACGCAAGAGGACAUCAAAAAAGCUUAUAGAAAACUGGCACUGAAGUGGCAUCCAGAUAAGAACCCAGACAACAAGGACGAAGCAGAGAAAAAGUUCAAAGAGCUGUCAGAGGCAUAUGAGGUGCUCUCAGACGAAAAGAAAAGGAAUAUUUAUGACCGAUAUGGCAAAGACGGCCUUUCAGGAGGAGGAGGAGGAGGUGGAGGCCAUUACGAUCACUUUGGCGGUGGCGGGUUCACAUUCCGUAAUCCUGAAGAUGUAUUCAGGGAAUUUUUUGGUGGCAGAGAUCCAUUUGCAGAUUUUUUCGGUGAUGACGGUGAUGAUUUCUUUGGAGGUAUUCACAGUCGACAAAGGGGCGCAAGCCGAAGCAGAAUGGGGGGGUCAUUCUUUGGGUUUGGGGGCUUCCCGCAGUUUGCACCUGGCUUCUCAGCGUUUGACUCAGGUUUUGGCUCAUUUGGAGAAAUGGGAGGAGGAGGAUUUACUUCUUUCUCUACUUCAUCGUUUGGCGGCGGGGGAGGAGGAAUGGGUAAUUUCAAAUCUGUGUCGACCUCCACCAAGUUCGUCAACGGCAGAAAAAUUACAACAAAGCGGAUCGUGGAGAACGGCCAGGAGCGCGUGGAGGUGGAGGAGGAUGGUCAGUUAAAAUCUCUAACAGUUAAUGAUAUUGGAGCUGAAGACCCCCUGGAGGAAGACUUCCGUCGCCGCAGACAGAAUGCACUUCCAACCUUUGGCCUCCACCAGCGCUACCUGAGGAACUCCGCCCAGAACCCCUCAGAGGAAGAGGAGGAGCACGGCCUACAGAGUCUGGGACUAACAAGAGGAUACACCGACACCAAGAGGAAGAAACUGUGGUUAAAGGAGGCAGACCCCAAAAAGAAAAGAGCACCUCGACUCUUCCCCCGAUUCGGUGGACUCGGGGCCUUUUUUUAAACAAACACUCACAUCCAUAUCUGUUGGCCAGAGCGCCAUUAAUCAUACAUGGCAUUAGAUCCUCACUGCUGUGCCAUAUCUCGCCUUGUCUAUCAGCUGCGGUGCAGAGCGUAACACCUGCCUGCAGAGACCUCACCUGUUGCUUGUUGUUGUUUUGUCUGAGAUCCCUUUUAAAGCUUCUGCCAAUGCUGGACCCUGCAGAUGUACUGUGAGCAUUAAGAGGUGUAGAGGUAAUUAAUCCCAUGAAUAAGUUGCCCACUUUUUAAAGUAUGUUUUUAAUGAGUGUUUUGGAUGAGAAAGAGGAAGGAGGUGAACAUUAGCAGUCUUGAUAAGUGAGACAAAAUAUGCUGCUAUUGUACAUAACAUGUGAGAAUAAGUGAAGGUCAAGAUGUUCAGUGGAUAAUUUUUUGAAAGAGGAAAUGAUAGAGGUGAAUAUGAGGGUGAAUAGAGAAUAAAAACACUGAAGAAUAAAGGGAAUGUCCUGUUAAUACCACCGUGAAAACACUGUCAACACUCUGGUGGUAACAUUUUCCAUUCCUUCAUCAAAAAGGGUGGAAAAUAACCAUUAACCCCUCUCAAAGAGUUUGUUUUGUUGUUGCUGUUGUUGUUGUUGUAUUUUGAAGGAUUCUUCCGACUGAGUCCCACUGCCUGUUCACCUUCCAUGGGUGUUGAAGUGGUUGUCACACUUUCCCUCGUCUAGUUUGUCCCUGACAGGUUGUUUUCUUGAUUAUGGGGAAAGAUGGACAAGUCUGAGAAGUGCUCUUUUAUAUGGACUCCUACCAAUAAAGGCUAAAAAGAUCAUCGUGGGCAGCCAACUUUA